AUGGAUCACCUAUUUCGGCACCAAAGGUCCACAGAAGCUUCCAGAACAAGCCUGUGGAGCCAAAACGCGAGUAGGAGACGGGCCAAAGAAGAUCAUUUUACCAUUCUUCAUUCUGGGGCCCAAGUCAGACCAUCAGACGAUACGGUACCUAUCCCAACAAUUGUGUUGUGGCGCAGGCUUCGACGGUCACAGGAUGGCGUCUCUGAAUCAGCGCCCGCUCAAGAAGCGAGACAGCUUAAGGCUAAUAAUAGUGCCUUGAAGGAAAGAACGUACCCUGUUCCUGUGACGAGAACGCCCCCAGACUUUGUCGGUCGGCGAAGCCGUGCCCCGACCAGCCACCCCUCUUCUCCGACUCGCAGACUAAGGGGGGCCGCCGAGGAAAAUGACGCCCAGCAUCGCGGUGACGAUGGAUACUCAAAAGCAGACAGCCGCAAGGUCCCGGUCCAUCAUGUUGAUGCAUACCAUUCCGGCAACCCAAUGGAGCUAGAGGAGAGAUCGGAGGAUGCAGCACGCUGCAGGGAACUAGUCAAAAGUGGCAGUUCACAAAGGGCCAACGUUGCUAUGGGCAUUCGAAUGGAUGCAGCUCAGAAAGAUGUUGGGCUUGCGGCGUUCAGUGGAGACAUCCUCAAGAACGAGAUCAGCGGACCUGACCAAGAGCAUCUAACGGUUAUUGAUGUCCCGGGAAUUUUCCGUGUACUCACGCCAGGACUCACCACGGAAAGCGAUAUCGUUCUUGUCGAGAACAUGGUGAAGUCGUACAUGGCCAACCGCCGCCGCGGGAGGUCGUGA